ACACAUCACUCUGCACAGGAAAAGUACACAUACCUCCACACCCCACACAUCAUGGCGAAAACAAAACCACAAGACCGCGCCAGCAAGUCCAAGAAGAAGGCGAAGAGCAGCGCAUCGGAUGGCAGCGCAAAGAAGCCGAAAGCCUCGCCGGAGGAGCUUCUGACCCAGGCGGCUUCACUCCUACAAAUGUCACAGCCUGAAGAGGCGCUAGUCGCAGCGAGGCGAGCACUCAACCUCCUCCAGCCUACAUCGAAACCCACAAUAGCAGCUCUGCCCGCGCUCAACCUGCUCGGCGAGAUCAACGUGGAAUUGGGCGACCCAGACGCUGCAAGAGACGUCUUCCAAAUAGCGAUACUACUCGACCCGGAAGGCGCGAAUGACGGUGCAGAGAAAUUUUUAUGGCUGGCACAACUCAACGAGGAAGGCGGCGCGGAGAGUGUGCGGUGGUUUGAGAAGGGCGUGGAAGUGCUCAAGAGGGAGAUAAGCGAGCUGGAAGGGAAAACGGCUCAGAAGCCGGAGGUGGAGGAGCUGCUUGAGGAGAAGAGGCAGAAGAUUGCCAACUCGCUGUGUGGCAUCGCUGAAGUAUACAUGACAGACUUGUCGUGGGAAGCGGACGCUGAAGUGCGGUGCGAAGCUGCAGUCACAGAAGCCCUUAUUUUCGCGCCGAACAACCCUGAGCCCCUGCAAACGCUUGCAUCGAUACGGAUCUCGCAACUACGGGCCGCAGAUGCACAAGCAGCACUUACGAGGAGUAUGGAUCUGUGGAAGAAUUUGCACCCAGACGACCCCAAAGUACCCGACUACUCGACAAGAAUCAGUUUGUCACGCCUACUGAUGGAGGCCGAGAUGGAAGACGAGGCCAUUGAAGUUUUGGAGAGGCUGAUUGGCGAGAACGAUGGCAGUGUGGAGGCGUGGUAUUUGGGAGGAUGGUGCUUGCACCUGCUCUCUGGAAAGCAACAGGCCAACGGUGAAACCGAUACUGCGACGUCCCUGAUGCGUGCUAGCCGCGACUGGCUCGAGAACUGCCUCAAGCUGUAUGCGCUGAUGGAGUACGAAGACGAACGACUCAAGGAUCACGCAGACGAGAUUCUGAAGGAGCUGAACGGUGUGCUGGGCCCAUCCACUGGUGAGGAUGAGGAGGAGGAGUGGGAAGAUGCAGGGGAGCAUGACGGCGAGGAUGAUGACGACGAUGAUGAGGAGAUGGACGGGACAUGAGAGCACAGGCUAUUUGCUAUGAAGUGGUGUCGACCCCUAUGCUGGCCGAAUGCUGAGGCCCUAUGGCGCAGUCGAGUCUGGCGAGGGCUCGACACGGCAUUGUUCCGUGCGUGAUUGUACAUUGAGCACGGGCGGGCGAAGCAUCGAGAGGACAAUGUUGAAGACGUCUGGUAGGGUAUGCACCCACGGACGUGGAGACGAGAAGUGCAUGUUCCAGCAGAGCUGAGACGGCAAUAUUGCUUUUUCGCUAAUGAGCGGAGAUGCGCAGAGGGCUGGCAGGGCACGAUACGGCCCGUCCCUGCAUGUGCAAGGGCGGUCUCGCUGGGAUAGGCCGUGGUAGCAAACCAGAUCUACACGAUCUGUCG